AUGGAGACUUCGCUUCGGAGUGACAGCAGAAUCGACAAGUUGUUGACGGCAGUGGUCACCAAAUUCUCCUCGGAUUCUGGCACCGGGUACGGCUCCCUCGCCAGAGGCCUGGGCAACUCGCCGAAGCUCAAGGGCCACUUCAGGGCCACUGAGCUCAAAGAGCUCGACGAAAUCGCCGAGAUCAAGCAAUGCUCAAAGUCGUUGCACUGGGCACAGCACAGAUUCGACACGGUCACUGCUGUUCUUCGCAUCGUGGUUCUUCGUAUUUCGACCAUCCUGCAGUUCUUGAUUGAGAUUCGCUCCAUGGAUGGCAAGGCCGCCCCCUGGGCGGCGGACUUGCUGGACAACGUCUUUACGACGGAGAACCUGAUUUUGCUCUCGUUGAUAGCAGAAUGGUCCAGCACAGUAAGCGGCUAUGUCCAUCGCUGGGACAACCUGGGUCGCGACAGCUCAGGGAACCCGAAGAGGAACCCGAUCGGGCACUUGGCGUUCGUUUGUCGGUCCAUGGGCACUCUGAAGAAGGACCUGGGCCUUCUGUUUGAAUUUGACAUCAAGACGAACAAGCCGCCUCUGGUCAUGGACCAGCGAUUUACCAAGGGCUUUGUGCAGAUUCUGCGUGGAUGUCUUACAGGAGGCCGCAUUGCAGCAUGCACAUCGCUUGGCGCCGGCGGAAAGGUGCUGUACCGUGGACUCUCCGACGAUGACUUCCAGGCGACACUCCUGAAAGAGAUGGGCUCGAUCAAAAACGUCUCCCGCGUGUACCUGCAAGAGCUUAAGACGGAGCACGAAGUGGGCUUGGGGCAGGGGUUCGGUGCGUUCGACAUGGAGUCCUCGACUGUAACGAAGCCUGAGACCCUGGACGAGCUCGCGAAGCUCUUCGGAGCCACGGUUUCCCUGUUGCUCACAUUGUUCGAGUCAACAGGGGUCCUGGAGCAGAAUCUCGCGGCUCUGCGAGGCUACGGCCACGAGCAGAAGCAGAGCAUGACCACCAACACCCGCAAGCCGAAACCUGGCCAGCUUCCCGACAUCAGAUUGCCAAAGCGAAUGGCGCCCGGGAAGGUUGGAAAGACUGGCAUGGCUGCAUUGAUGCGGAUUCGACAGGAGCAAAAAGAUAGCAUCGAGGCCGCGGGUGAUGUUGCCACGUCAGGGAUGGAUCCAACGAAGUUGGAAAGCUGCCUCGAGACGGUAAACCAGUCAGCAGCAGAGGGGACGACCGCAAAACAAAAGAAGCUGAGCAGCAGCCUUGCAGAUCGUGUGACUGCGAAAAUCCGUCUCCUCACGAAUCUGGAUGAGGUUUCGAGGCAGAAGCUCCGGGAACAAGUCAACAAGGAGAACGAAAGGCUGACAAAGUUGAGAAGCAUCCAAGUUAGAGACCUCCGUGCAGCAGAGUGCAUGACGGACUGCAGUAAAGGCUUGGUGAUUGCGGUGCCCACAGUGAAGAGCAUUGAGGGCAUUGACCGAAUGGCCAAAGAAACUGGCCGGAUUCUGAAAGACCUGGGCGGUCCCAGAGGCGUCCCUCUGACCGCGACAAACCUGGUCAAGCAAUGCCUGGAAGCAAGCUUUACAGUGUGGUACGGCCUCACAGAUGCAGCGGAGGAUGCUUUGCUUUUCUACAAAUCCGAAACCUCCCCGGAGCUCAGCACGGCAAUGAGCCGCCUGCUAGGUGGCCACGUAGCAGGGCCCACGUGGCUCCGAGCGUGCCAACAAGCAGGCAAAGUUGUCCGGCCUGUGACGAUGCUCGGAAGGGCGCUGCAAAUUGGAAGACAGCUGGGCUUCGAUGCGAGCGUGCAAUUCAGAGAAGGCUUGUUGAAAGUCAUCAGUGCCGUGGAAAGCCACCCAGCCGGCACCAGGGAGUGGGUGGUCAGAAGUGCUCGGUCUGAGCUGUCUCGCUCAACUGCCUGGUGGAUUGUGGCCGAGCCUUCAGCGUCUGCUGCCAAGACAAAGAAAAAACUUUCACUCACGAAGUUGCCUGGCAAAGAGAUUCGCUACUUGAGCUUCCUCCAUGCCAUCACUCAGCAUUUCCACCUGCACUGGCAUCCUUCUAUUUUGCAUUCCAUUCGGUUUGGUUUAGGUUUGGGUUGGCAAGUCGUUCCAUUUCACACCAUCACCGGUCUCAGGUGGACUUGA